CAAAAUUUACCGCCAUCUCCAUCUUUUUAGCAGACGAAUAUAAAUCGCAGCCAUGACAACAGAUAGUGUAGGCAAAAUUGAUCAAAUGUGCCACUGAACUCGAGUUAUCAUUAUCUUUGUUGGUGAAAAUGUGAAACUGCCAUUGUUCUUGGAGCGCUGUAUCAUCUAGCGAAGCUGUAAGUUCAACAUCCACGAUAUGAUGCAUGGAAAGGACGGACAAGUCAGUUACCUGUAGACACGACAAUGGGAUGCGGCAAGAGUGUACCUGAGACGGGCCCAAGGAGAAGAAGCAGUACUGGUUUCUUGUUCAAUCGACAGAAAGUCAGCAUUCGUAUUGGAAAUGAAGUUAAAUUACAUGAAGAUAAGCCACAAAUAAUAUUUGUCUUUGGAGGUCCUGGCACAAAGAAGGGGAAGCUUGUGGAAGACCUCACCCAGACCUUUGGAUUCAGAUUGAUAAAUUUGGAAAAACUCAUCCUGAAGGAGUUGGCCAAAGAUCCUGAUGAAGUUGGGGGAUCAGCAACAAUGGAAAUCAUUGACUAUGUGAAGGAGAGCCCGGAGAAGAUCACGCUGCGAUGGGCCCUGAAUGAAAUCAAGAAGGAGGUGGAGGCAGAUAAGCAGGGCAGCUAUGUCAUCGAUCUGAUGCCGAAUCUCAGGGGGCUUGUCCGCAGCGCUGGCCUUGUCAAGGACCCCACCUUUGAACUGAAGAACUUUGAGACAUUUUUUCCAAUAUCGUUCGCCAUCAACUUUUCCAUCCCCCUGGACAAGAUGGUGAAGAAGAAGAAUGAGCCUGAGUGUGUGAAGGCCCCGGAGGCGGAGAGCAAGAAGGAGGGAGGGAACCAGGCAGCCAAGAGUGAUGAAGCUGACUCCGGCAGAACCAAGAGGCGAGCCACCCUGUUUGACAGUAGCGUGCGGCCAUUUGUAGACUACUUCCAGAAGACUGGCCGCCUCGUCAACAUUGAUGUGUCGUGUGGGAUGCUGGAUCUGAUCUGGUCACGAAUGUGUGAAGUGUUCUCCGACCUGCAGCUCACAAACUGUGCUAACGCAGACACUGUCAUCAUCUUUGCUUUUGAUGAGAGCACCAUAGAGGAGAUAGAGCUCGGCCAGUACUGUAUCCACAGACUGAAUCUGACAGAAUAUAUCCAGGAUCCCCAGGAGCCAGCUGAGAAGAUUCUCUCGUCUUUGAGUCGUGUGAUUGAAGAUUUUGACCCAACUGUGAAGGCUUUUGCUGUCAACCUUGGAGGGACGUCGCUGGACAAGAAGAUGACCCUAGAGGGCAAGCGACGCAUAAUGUUUGUGGAUGAGAACAACAAGAAACUGGACUCGCACGUCAAGAUGCAGAUGAAAGGCAAGCCGUGCGCCAAGAACUUCAAGGCCAUGUGUUCAUUGGAGAACCAGAUCUGUCUCUUCCCACAAGACACCGACCUCGAGCUCUGCAAGAACAUUUCUCUCUUCCUGGCCAAGUGCAGACUGAAUUCCUGAACUGCCCGACCAGUAACCCGAGGUGAGGUGGUUGGAAGUACCGCCACCGCCGCCGCAGAUGCUCCGACAUUCCUUGAAUACUCAUUAUGAAGUCUGUAUACAUCGUUAACCUUUGCCAGUUGGAUUUUCUUCAUUGUUGUGAUUGACAAUUCCGUCUGAAAUGGUAUCACAUUUAUCCUAUUUUUAAGUUGUCAUUCAUAUGUGGUCCUCAGAUGUAUAUUUUUACAGUAAAUAGUCCUGUUAUUUUCAUAACUAUACCAACUUUCAUACUGAACACACUGCAACUGACUCAUAUUCAAUUGUUCUUCCUUUUACAAUGAAGUCAUGGCCUUGAGAGGAAACCUUGCAUCGGCAUUUCGUCAAACUUUAACAUAAGCAAUAUGCUCCCACUCAGGUUGUUACAGCUGCAUUUCACAAACACAAACACAAUAGUGUUUCAUUAGACAGGGGUGUGGCUUGCUCUGUUUGAUAGCCCAGUUGAAUGUCAGUUCACCCUCAAGUUACCAGUGCCUGUUCCACCGUUAUGAAAUUCAUAGGUCUUAUCCUGGGCCUGGUCCAUAGUUACGAAAGUCGUCAGUCUGAUCCUGUGUUCCUCAGAAGUUACAUAAUGUCCCAUCUCAUUAAAAUCAGAUCUUAGUUUUCACUACCACUAAACUUAAAUCUGAGGACAUUCCAUUAUGGGUCACGUCAGAACGACCUCUCAUCUGACCAAUCAGAGUGUACGGGUCACGUCAGAACGACCUCUCAUCUGACCAAUCAGAGUGUUGUUAACCAGAUCAGGAAAUGACACAAAGUGUUUUCUUAUCAUGCAACCUCAAAAAGGUUAACAACUGAUUCCAUCGAAACCAUCGUCUAUCUCUCGCUUCAAUGGAAUAAAACAUUUGAAACAGAAGAGACUUUCCAUAGACAUAGCCAUAGGAAGUUAGAGAAUGUCAUCUUCUUAGCGCUAAGGUCACUCUGUGGAAACCUGGAAUAUAAUCCAGCUGGCAAGGGUUUAUACUGUCAUAAAUACUCAUGCAUUGUUAAGGGAAAAUUAAUCAAAAUCCAUUGCAAGAGACGUCUCAAGUGGCUGAUGUCAGUAAUUAGUUGUUUGACAGUCCCAAUGGCAUCCGCCAUGCAUUUAUAUUUUUAAGACAUUUUUUUUCACUUUGUUACCUGUUUCACUUAAGAAUUCCAAGGAGCUUAGUCCUGUUGUUGUCUGUUGAUGUAUGUGGUGCUGUUUUCUAUUUGUAGAUAGUUGUCUACUGAUGUAUUUCUAAUGGCUGUAGUUCAUUGAUCUCUCUCUCAUCCUCGGAGCUCAGUCCCGGGAUGCUGUGGCUGCAUUCCUCGUCAGUUGUUACAUGGCUCGUCAGUUGUUACAUGGCUCGUCAGUUGUUACAUGGCUCGUCAGUUGUUACAUGGCUCGUCAGUGAGUGCUGCACUCAUACAUGUCAAGUCGAUAUUGAUUGUCCCAGAAACCGUUGAGAGAGUUUCCUUUCUUGAGAUGUUGUGUGAUCCUUUAACCAAAGAUUUGUAUUACGUUUUCACAGGGCAAACAAACAUGGGUUAGUUCUGACAUAUACUCCACAUUUAAAACUCCUUGAAAGAAGAUCUGGUCUGUGUUUUUGCUUUUCAAAGACCAUGGCUCUUAUUUCAGUCUUCAUUCAGAACACAAAUUCAUUUUAGUUUUGUAAUCAUUCUCAUGUGCAUGACCCAAAAUAAAUGUCCGGGGACAGUGACAUGUAGGACCGGUGCUCCCUAUGCUCAAUCCCCCUCCCCCUCCCCCUCCCCCUCCCCCUCCGCUAGUCAUGGGGACAUGGCCCCUGCAGGGUUUUUCAACUCUCCCACGACACAAAUGACAUCAACUCAUUCAAGCAAGUGAUGCUGCAGUUCUGCCAGGCAGCCUGUACCGGUAAUUAAUACUGUCACAGGACGAACUCAGCUUUGUUACAAAUCAGAAUCAAAUGUUUGUCUUCAAAAACUUGUCAGCCAUGUAUUGUAGCUUAAUCACUUUGACAUUAGGUCAUGUUCUGAUGUUUAUGAAUGGAUGUUGUAGGUGUGCACAUUUCCCUCUCUAUGUUCUCUGGAAGGUGAGCAGUCUUUAUUCCCUAUGCAGGUCAAAACUUAGGUCAGAACAGACAGUUUGACAUUACCUCUGUUCAGUGUAUUCUUAACUUAAGUACUGCUUUAGAACAAAAGAGAUGACAAACUACUGUCAUUUUGUAGGACUAAGUGAUCUUAGACUGUGGUUUAUGAAAUGAAAAUACUUUUCCAGUCUAGUGAAACAUGUCAGGUAAUUAGUACAUGUAUCAAACAAGGUUUGUACAGGCUUGAAAAGGCCCUUAAUUUUAAGGUCCGUCUUAAAAAGCCUUGAAAAUCACCAAAAUAGCUUGAAAAAGCCUUGAAUUUGUACAAAAUGACAAACUUGUUAAUUAAGUAUUAAAAUACACAAAGUAAUAGUUACAUGUUUCAGUGAUAGAUUUGACACUUUGUCAAACACCUUGAAGAAUUCAUGACAGAUUUGAUUUGUUUACAUAUUGGUUGUAAAAAUCAAUCUUGUUUGAAUUUUUGUGAUGCUCAUACUGCUUUUUAGGUUUUACGACUAAUAUGUAGUGUGGUCUUACGACAAAUAUACAGCAUGAUGGAUUAAAAAAAUAUUGACAGACUGAACCCAACUGAAAAAGCAUUCAAAAUGACACUUGAAAGUCUUGUGGCAAGUUGUAUGGAAAGGUCAGUAGGAAACUCUUUCAGCUCAGUAACAUCUGUGUGAUGAUUCAUAUGUUAAUGUAACCUUGACAUCUUUAUUAAGUUUAAUUUCUUUUAUUCAUUCUAAUUCAAGAACCUUUGAAAUGUUGUUGUGGUUUGAAUGCUUUGGGCCUCCAUUUUUGUGGAAAAUCUCUUCAUUUGUGUUCCUCAGAAGUUACAUGAAAUCAGAUCUUAGUUUCCUCUACCACGAAACAUGGUUCUGAGGACAUUCCAUUACGGGACACGUCAGAACUCUUUCAUCCGACCAAUCAGUUUUUUCAUGUUUUCUAAUUAUGCAACCUCGAAAAGGUUUACAUCAAAAUCAUCAUCUAUCUCUCACUUCAAUGGAAUAAACAUUUCAAACGGAAAAGACUUUCCAUAGCGGCUUAGUCAUAGUCGUAGGCAGUACUGCCAUACAAUCUCAGGGCAUCCAAUAGACAUUCCAGGAUUUUCUUUGCUCAGUUUUUAAAUUCUGAAUCAAGAACUUUGUUAAGAAAUCUUCAAAGCGUAGUCAGGAAUGGAAGUCGCCAGUUUAAAACUUGUGCUGUAUUGCUCAAGAAAGCUUUUUCUGAUUGAUUAAAAUAAAGUUCACAAAAGGUCGUUCUGACGUGACCUGUAAUAGGAUGUCCUCAGAUCUUAGUGCUUGCUACCGUUAAACAAAUUGUAAUGAGAUUGCAUGUCAUGUGAGUGAGUGAGUUAAAAUUUAACGUCACAUCGGCAUUAUUUCAACAUUAGCAGUUGAAGCUAAAUGGCGUCCCUGAAAUACCUCCAUUAUAUUGUUGUACGUUGUUUAUUGCAUAUUUUGUUACCUAUUUAUAAUAUGUGCAUAUUUUGUUAAAAUUAUCCAUGUAAAAUGAUUUUGUUAGUUUAUCAUUCAAGUAUGAGAGUGGUCAAGGGAAUUUCACUUCUGAAAGUAGGGCAUGUUUAAAUGUUUCUGCAACCAGCUAGAUUGAAACACUAAGCAUUAACGAGUGAAUUGAAGGAUUAGCUGGCGAUAAAAGUCUACCUCAAUAUCUAAAUACUGCUAAUGGAUAAGGGUCUCGAUAGGCAGACAGAUUUUGAAAACAUAAUUUGAAAUCUACACUUUCACUGUAUACAGUGUAUGAAUAUUUAAUUAUGAUAAGACAAAAAAUUAUUUUUAAUUUUGCAACUUUUAUGAAACCUUGAAAUGUUCCGAAUGUUGGUGUUUCUUCUGGUUUAUGACUUUUACACUUGAAACAGAUCAUGUGCCUUGUGUAAAGAUCUGGUUUUGUGGGACGUCUUUGAGAGGCAUUUAAUACAUGCUGUUGAUGUUUCCUUGUACAGGUUGGUUCACUGGUCAUCGCUGCUGUGACACUCAUGACCGUUCAAGUAUUUUAUCAGUGGAACAAUUUAUAACUACAGUCUUCAUGUAUGAUGUAAUGAUGGACCUCAAGCACAAUUAUUGUUGUUGUACUUAGGACAGACCAAAUAAAUUGCUUGUUUUAAGGAUUUUGUAUCCCAAAAUGACCAAAGCAAUGAAAAGAAACAAGUGGGAGAAAGAUAAAAAAUAGAUAAUAUAUUUUGAGAUGGUUCCCAGACAAUUAUGUCCUGUUAGGGAGGGAGUGUUUAGAAAAUAUCUUCAAAGGGGACAGGCAGGUCUGUAAAACAAUUAAUUUAAAUUGGUCUGUCCUUUUUUAUAAUUUCAUUAUUUAUUUUCUUGCAGUGAUUAUUAUGUGAUAAAGAUAUUUUUAAUGUCUCAUCUUACUGACACGAACAGAAGCAUUUCGUUGUUGUCAGUCUCAACUGGUGAUGGAGGUACUGAAACUGUCUGAUGACAUCAUGUCACUAGUCAGAUGCAUCACGACAGACAGGAACAUCCCUAGCAACAGUCAAGUGGCAUGCCUCUGUGAGGAGAAAACAAGGGCUUAAGGCCAGAAGAUGACUGUCUUAAUGUACAAUAUAAAUGUUUUCAGUGACAGAUAACAUACAACUGAAUUGUUUGAUAGGCAUUACUUAGAAGUUGACAGAUGACACAAUGUAUGUAAUUUAAGUAGAAACAAUUUAUGGAUAACAACUUCUUUAAUACUGUAAUGGUGAAGUUUCGGUAUAGAUCCUUGUGUCUACUUUAACAUAUAACUGGUUGUUAUUAACACACUUGACAAGGGAAAUUCAUAGAGUGUCUCUGAAAUAUCUGUGGUGAUAGUGGUAAUUAUCAUGUUUUUUGCAGUGACAGUUUCUUGAAAUAUUAACCCAUGUUUCCAAAUGAAAGUAGUUAGAGCCAUCAUACUGGCAUGCUUGAGAUGAGCCAAAUCAAAAUGAUAAUGUUAAACAGAUGUAAUUUAGUGUGUAUACAAAGUGGUUGUAUAGACAUGCAUCUCUUUCGGCUUGAUCAUCCAUGUAUCAUUGUAAGUGAACUGUUUGCUGUUUCUGGUGUCCUCAGCCUGGUGUUCAUCUGGAACUGAUUUGUCUGUGCUGGAAGUCAGGGAUGUCCUGUUUUUGAGAUUAUAUCAAAGGGUUAGAUAUUAUCUUCUUUCAUUGUUAAUAAAGUUUGUUGACUUGA